CACGGAUCUCGCGCGUUCCGGUCACCACCCUCCUCGAGUCCCGUCACCCCCCCUCGAUCGAACCCCAGCUUAAAAAAAGAAGGAAAGACUCCGCCACAGAUCGAUCCUCUCGAAGAUCGGAUGAUCGCAGGAGGAGGAAGCAAUGGGGAUCGAAGCGGAUGCUGCCGUCGGCGAGAAGGUCCUCUCGAUCAACGGGCUCUCGAUGAAGGCCUCCGAGGUCGAGGCCAAGCUCGAUGAGGGCGACAUCCAAGAGGCCGAGUCCUCGCUUCGAGAGGGCCUCGCCCUCAAUUUCGAGGAAGCGAGAGCCCUCCUUGGAAGGCUCGAGUACCAGAGAGGUAAUGUGGAAGCUGCCCUUCGAGUAUUUGAUGGGAUAGACCUCCAGGCUGCUAUACAACGUUUGCAACCGUCUCCUGAAAAGCCGCCUCCUUCAAGGAGGAGCCGGUCACGAAGUGAAUCUUUAACUUCUAUUUCCCAGUCCCAACAUGCUGCUGGCCUUGUUCUUGAAGCCAUAUAUUUGAAGGCUGUGUCUCUUCAGAAACUUGGCAAGAUCACUGAGGCCGCUCAAGAAUGUAAAAGUGUCCUUGAUGCUGUGGAGAAGAUGUUUCAAAAUGGCAUACCAGAUGCUACUACGGACAGUAAGCUACAGGAUACAGUUACAAAGGCUGUAGAAUUCCUUCCAGAACUCUGGAAACAAGCUGGCAAGUUUCAGGAAGCUCUAACUUCAUACAGACGUGCUCUUCUCAGUCACUGGAAUUUAGAUAAUGACUGCUGUGCAAGGAUACAGAAAAGGUUUGCUGUGCUUUUGUUGCAUGGUGGCAUUGAAGCUGGCUCCCCCAGUCUCGCUGCACAAACUGAUGGUGCCUUUGUUCCAAAGAACAACUUAGAAGAGGCUAUCCUACUUCUCAUGAUAUUGUUAAGGAAAUGGCAGCUUGGUAAGAUCCAAUGGGAUCCUUCAGUGAUGGAGCAUUUAACCUUUGCAUUGUCUCUAUGUGGCCAGACUUCUACAUUGGCAAGGCACUUUGAAGAACUCCUGCCUGGAACUUUUCCUCGUUAUGAUAGAUGGAACAGUUUGGCUCUCUGUUACCGUGGAGCUGGACAGGACAUAGAUGCCUUAAAUCUGCUGAGGAAAUCCCUAAGCAAACUUGAAAGUCCAGAUGAUAUUAUGGCAUUGCUGCUCGCUGCUAAGAUCUGUAGUGAAGAUUGCUUUCUUGCCUCCGAGGGAGUGGAGUAUGCCAGGAGGGCUUUGUCAAAUUGUCAAGCAGCUGAUGAGCAUCUAAAGAGUGUCUCUCUCCAUCUUUUAGGUCUUUGCUUGGGAAAACAAGCUAAAGCUGCUUCGUCAGAUCAGGAAAGAUCUCGCCUCAAAGCUGACGCUUUGAAAUCGCUAGACAAGGCAAUCACUCUUGAUCGGCACAAUCCAGAUCUAAUUUUUGACCUAGGCCUUGAAUAUGCUGAAAAUCGCAAUACAAAUGCUGCACUACGAUGUGCUAAAGAGUUCAUUGAUGCGACAGGUGGAUCAGUUUCGAAAGGUUGGAGACUGCUUGCUUUAGUGUUGUCAGCUCAGCAACGGUAUUCAGAGGCCCAAGUGGUCAUCGAUGCAGCUUUAGAUGAGACUGCAAAGUGGGAGCAGGGAGAAUUGCUCAGAAUAAAAGCAAAACUAAAAGUUGCCCAGUCAUCGCCAAUGGAUGCAGUAGAGGCAUAUCGUUUGUUGCUUGCUCUUGUCCAAGCCAGAAGAAAGACCUUUGGAUCUCAAAGGAGUAUUCCUCAGGUCGAUGAUGACAAAUUCAGAGAAUUUGAAGUCUGGCAAGGCCUUGCAAGUUUGUACUCCAGCCUUUCUUAUUGGAAAGAUGCAGAGAUAUGUUUGGAUAAAGCUAGGGCGCUGAAGCCAUAUUCUGCUGCUACUCAGCAUACUGAAGGUGUUAUACACGAAGCUCGUGGGGACAUCAAACAAGCACUUCUCGCUUACAACAAUUCCCUAUCAAUGGAGCUCGACUAUGUCCCUUGCAAAGUCUCAAUCGGCGCCCUUUUAUGGAAAAUGGGAUCGAAAUCCCUUCCAGUAGGUAGAGGAUUCUUAUCUGAUGCUCUAAGGCUCGAACCCACAAACAGAAUGGCCUGGUAUCACUUAGGAAUGAUUCAUAGAGACGAGGGAAGAUUGGCCGACGCUGCUGACUGCUUCCAGGCUGCUUCCAUGCUGGAAGAGUCCAAUCCUGUAGAGAGUUUUAGUUCAAUUUCAUGAGAAUUUUACUUUUUGUUAGAUAAAUCAUUGAUCAUUACAUAUAUGUGAGUGAGCGGGUUUAAAUGUAAAUUGUAUUAAAUUUCUUUUUUGCCAAUUUGUUAUAGUUGCUUUGUUGUUGUGAUGGGUAAAAUAUCUUCAUGGUUUUAGUGAGAAUGGAAGUGGUCUGGUCUUUAAGUGGA